UUCCCCAUGGACAUGCAAAUUCACAGAAGCUAUGAUACAUUGUUUCCUCCUGCGAAUCCAAUUAAUGGACCAUGCUUAAAUAACCAUCUACGACAACAAAGAUCAAUUAUACGGACUUGGGAUAUAAAGUCUUAUAUCACCGAUUUAUCUAUCAAUGAUUUUGUAAAUUUCACCAAUUAAGCUUGUUUGAAAAAUCCAUUAACCUUUGUAAACCAUGUCGUCAAACAUCUCAUGCACAAGACACAUUUGAUAAGCGUUUCCGUCUCUAACAAUGAAAGGUGCGAAACCAAUAUUUUGUUUUUUCGUGUCUUUCGUUUGCUUAAAUCACGUUGGGUGCCAGGAAACAGGAAAUGUACGAAACAUUCUGAAUGAAAUAUUUGAAACACAGAAAUACGACAAACGAAUACGUCCGGUGAGAAAUGAGUCCCGGUCAAUUAGUGUCAGUGUUUCUCUGUUUAUUUCAGGGAUGAAUUACCUGGAUGAGAAAACGGGGGUAUUUUCCGUAACAGGGUUUCUCUGGGUAACUUGGAGAGAUGAGUUUCUUGUUUGGGAGCCUAAGCUGUACAACAAUGUGUCUUCGUUUACCAUUCCUCAAGAUAGCAUUUGGAUGCCUGACUUAUUUCUCAGGAAUGGAGUCAAAGAACCAACAGGUUUAGGUGGAGAUUUCUACUAUUUACCUGUCAAAUAUACAGGUGAGGUCACCUGGUGGCCGUACUCGGUCUUCGAGGCUCGCUGCAAAGUCGACGUCGCCUACUUCCCAUUUGAUACCCAAAUCUGUCGACUGGUUUUUUCUAUUUGGAACCAUGAUAAUAAAACAGUGAACAUUAUAAAAACUGAUAGAUAUGUUGAUUUAUACCAUUUCUUUGAAAACGGAAUAUGGUCUAUUGCAGAAAACAAAAGUUAUUUAGAACUAGACGAGGGAGCUUUAUUUAACCAGCUUAAAGUUUCAUUUACUCUUAAAAGGAAGCAUCAGUUUCAUCUGUGGAAUUUAAUCUUUCCCGUAAUUUUGUUGGGAUUUUUAAAGAUCUUUGCGUUCCUCAUUCCUGCUCAAAGUGGAGAGAAGGUUUCAUUUGCAGUGACCGUUUUCCUGUCGUACGGGGUAUUCCUGAACUUGCUCACCUCAUCUUUGCCUGAGAAUUCGGACUCGGUUUGUCUGAUUUGUGCUUACAUUGUGAUUCAGCUUACUCUCGGAGUCUUGCUCGUCUUCAUUGUGAGCAUGCAGGUACACAUCUGUAAUCGAGAGAAAAACCUCCUGUUUUCGCGAUAUGAAAUGCGCCUGAUUCGGCUUCUCAAGAAGAACUCUCUAGAAGAAUUCAACAGAAGACACGAUGAAACGGAUACUGAUUGGACGGUAUUGUCGUCUGCUAUUGACAAACUGAUGUUGAUUUUGAUGACAGCAUUUGAGUUCUUCUUGAUAAUAGUAUUCUCUGUUAUGUUCUACGUUAAUGCUUAGAAUGCGACAAACUCAGAAAGAGUUUGAUCUGGUAUAUCCAUGGAAGCACAAAUUGUGUAUAGAACAACUGUAUGAAAAUAAAAUGCUAAAAAAAUAUUUUUAAAAGUGUAAAAUAACAAAUAACCGUUAUGGAAUCGAAUGGUUUGAUUUGUUCAAUUUGGGGUCAAAGGAAGCGUUGCAGAGAUUCUCCUAAGCUGCUUAGUUAGCUUUGCUACAUUGUUACAAGAGAGAACGAAACUCUUCCUAAUCGCUUGGCUGUUAAUUGGAAGGGGGGUUUUCAUAACUGUUUGAAAAAUUGGUAUUUUUCUGAUUAAAAAUGACAUAUUAAAAUUGCAGUUUUAUGAUCUAAGAGCAGAAUUGCAUAUCUUACGUGAUGCA